UUUACUUCUGGCGGAACACUAGCUUGAAUUAGCAAAAAGCUAACUACACCGCAGUCCUCCCUGUGAUCGAGCUGCACUGCUGUUAAAACUAAGUCGUCUGUUUAAAAGUGUCGACAUUCGUCUUGCUGGUGAAGAGUCUGUCUUUCAAACAGGUUGACUCUCCCGGUCGGCUUGAUCACUCUGUGUGUCACCUUGGCUGUGGUCCUCAGUUUCUCUUGUGUGUGGAUGAUACCGGCUCUGAGCCAGUCCUCUGUAGAUGAAGAUGUCCCUGGCCCAGCGAGUGCUCCUCUCCUGGAUCUUCGCACUGAUUUUCCUCAUCAUGCUGGUCCUCAAGCUGGACUCUAAGAUCCACUGGAACUGGUUUCUCAUUUUCCUCCCUGUCUGGACCUUUGACACCAUCCUCAUCCUCAUGCUGAUAGUGAAGAUGGCGGGGCGGUGCAAGCCGGACUUUGACCCCAGGGAUGGCGAGCAGAGCCUUAAGAGGAGGUUGUGGUACAUGACAGCCCUGCUGCUGAAGCUGGCCUUCUGUCUGACACUGUGCUCCCACCUGGAGAAGCUCUUUGAAAUGUGGGUCAGUGUGGUGUGUGUCCCCCUGUGGGUGCUGCUGGGUGGGGCGCUAGUGGAGCUGGGACACAGUGUUUUCCACUACAGGAGGGACUGAACCCAGGGACGGUGCAAUACAUGGUUUUGAAAUGUUAUAUAGGGGACAAGUACAUUUUACACUCGAGCACCUCUCGCUUGGUAUGCACCAAUCUGUUCCAUUGGAACCAGGGCUGAUGCUGACCUAAUUAAGUGGCUGUGGUUUCUUUGUCAAUGUCAUAAAAGUCACUGUUUCUGCUAUAAAUUACAUUUAAGUUACAGCAGGUUGAGGGCUCAAUGAGUUCUGCAGUGUGGUUUACAGGUUUUAAAUAUGGGGGUAAAGAGCACUAAUAUCAGAGUGAAAUCUGUACCUGGAAAGUUGGAGAUGUCAUUCUGCAGUACCAUUGGAUCUUCGUUCAAAAGGGAGAGUUUACGUACGCACGGUUUGGCAUCACUGAAUAAAUCCAGCCUUCACAUUGUUUUGACAUUCAUGUUACUGCCUACUGGUGCGUCUUUAGGCUGCAUGAAUUAAUGACAUGGUGAACUGGGCUAGAGGGUAAAAAGACUUUCACUGUGUAUAAGCUGGAUCUAUCAGGUGAGACUGGGUUUAACAAAUGGAGCUAAGCAACUGAGGGCCACAUGAUCUGUCAUUGUGAUCCAAAAUCAGUCUCUUUCUGCACUACACGUUGGUCUCCACUUCACCCAUAUGUACUAUAGUAAUGUCUAAUGUGGGAUCCUUGUGACACUGAAACUAUCCAGUAUUCACUUGCAUGCACUGUGUGCCACAUUCCACCGGUUUGUGAGAUCGCUGUAUCACUACUAGAGCAUUUCCUCACAGCUUGCAUAUGUGAUGGUACACACAUGAUGUGUUACAACUAUUUGUUCAUAACCAUCCCAGGAUGUCCUUCUGCUACUGAAACAAUUUUUUAUGUCCUGGGGAUAAAUUUUUAUGUGUGAUCAGAAAACAUAAAAUCAGCCAGAUGAAAGUCCCUGUUACAGAAAUCAACA